AUUCACAUUAACAAUCAAAGAACUUAGACGAUCAAUUCAGACAAAUCCUGUUAGGAUCAGUGGGUUGGAGGGUAAAAAUGUAAAAAAAAAAUAGAAUUUUUGAGUAUAUAGAAAGGGAAGAAAAAAAGAAGUUCUCAAACUUUUUUUUAAAUAGCCUGAUCCAAAUUACCAAAAAAAAAAAAGCUGCUUGAUGCGAAGGUAAAGAGGAACAACGUCCUUCAUCGUUGUAGUUCAAAGCACUCAGCUUCUGAAACUGCAAUUGAAAAAAAACAGCAAAAGAUGGAUCCAAAAUUAACCGAAGUUUCUCAGUUCUUCGAUCGGUUUAAGGCUGCGUUUCUCAGAAACGACUUUGAUUCAUGUUCCAAUCUCCUUUCUCAGUUAAAGGUGUUACUAACAGGGUUUAGAAGCCUUCCACCCUUGUUUGCAGAUACUCCUAAUGCAGUUCAGGAGUUAACAAUAGCAAGGGAUAUAUAUGAGCAUGCUGUUGUCCUUAGUGUAAAAAUUGAGGAUCAAGAUGCCUUUGAAAGGGAUUUCUUCCAGUUGAAACCUUAUUAUACAGAUGCCCGUAAUCGUCUUCCACAAUCUCCUCAGGAGUACCCAAUACUUGGUCUCAACCUGUUGAGACUACUUGUGCAGAAUAGGAUUGCUGAAUUCCAUACUGAGUUGGAACUACUUUCAUCCACUGCUCUAGAGAAUCCUUGUAUUAAGCAUGCGGUGGAGUUGGAGCAAUCUUUUAUGGAAGGGGCUUACAAUCGUGUCUUGACUGCUAGACAGACCGUGCCACAUGAUACAUAUGUUUAUUUCAUGGAUCUUUUGGCUAAGACUAUCAGAGAUGAGAUAGCAGGAUGCAGUGAGAAAGCAUAUGAUUAUCUUUCAACCAAUGAUGCCAAGCAAAUGUUGCUUUUCUCCUCAGACCAGGAACUUGUGGAAUAUAUUAAAGAGGAGCAUCCUGAGUGGGAAAUUAAGAAUGGUUCUGUCUUUUUUCAAAAGGCAAAAGAUUCUGCACCUUGCAAAGAAAUACCCUCCCUGCAACUCAUCAACCAAACACUUAGUUAUGCUAGGGAGUUGGAGAGGAUUGUCUGAAAAGAAAUGCACUUGCGAUGGCUUAUGUGAUUUUUCCCAAAUCGCUGAUAUCGUCUUUUGAAAUUGUUAACUUCUGAUUCAAUGUUUUAUAGGGUAAAACUAUCAUUUUAGUCUCUGAAAUGAUAUAGGAUGCUGUCAUUUUGGUCUCUAACUCAGAAAAAAUUCAAAUUAGUCAUCGAUCAUCAAAAUAUCAGUCAGUUUAGACUCUGACGUUAUAACGGUCAUCAAUUAUUUAGACGGUAAGUUGUAUCAUUUAGAGAUUUUUAUAAUAGUAAGAUGUAUAUUUCAGUGACUAUUUUGAUGAUUCGAUACUAAUUUGAGUUUUUUGCUGAGUAAAGGAUGAAAAUGGCAAUGUUCUAUACUUUCAAGGAUUAAAAUAGUAGUUUACCCUUAACUAUAAGAUGAUUUAUCUCUUUCUUCUUUAAUGUGCUAAAAAUCAUUCUAUACUUAUGUCAGACUUCUAUAUCAUGAUAAUUAGAUACUGAAUGAAAAUGUAGUAGGCUGGAUUCAAUCUCAUUGAAAGGUUCAUAUUCAAAUCAUGGUGAUGUGAAUUUAUUGGAGUAUUGUACUCUUUGAACACUUUAAAAAAAUCAGAAUGUUGGUGUGCA